UAUUUCCCUCUCCUCUCUUUGUUUCUUCUGAUUUGAAGACUCUGAGAGAGCAACGAAGCAGACGAAGCAGAGAGAUUAUCCUCUGUGGUGGGUAGUCUCUGCCCCAUUCGGUACGCAACGACAUUGGCACUAAACCCUCCAAAGACUCAUCUCCUUUCUAAAUGGCUGGAAUUCCAGUAUUGAACAUGAAUUCUGGAUCUGAACCAUUUGAUGAAUCAGAACCAAAAAUAUCGAUUUUAGACAGCGACAGCUUCGUGAUAGAUAUGGAAGCAUUUUCUUCUGCCAACACCAACAAAGAUAGUAAUUCAAAUCCCAGAAUCACAUUGCAGAGGAGUGUUUCGAGGAAAGGGUGGAGCGACAAGAAGGUUAAUGUCCCAGCUGCUGCGCUUCUUGAUUGGGAUGCUGUCCCUUCUGCAUGCUCUUCCUCACCCAAAGGGUGUUGUAAUGUGGCCGGCACGCCGGAAAAGAUGGUGGCUCCGGUGGUGGGGUCGGCCAAUAAUUACGGCAGCCCACGGUUUCAUCAUCAGAUUACGGUAAUGACGGCCACCGCCAUGAUGGGUGAAGCCAAAAGCAAAAGCAUGGAUCGCAGAAACAGUUUCAAACGCUCUUCCAACUGGGGCCUUGAUCCCAAGAAGGUUCUUCUUUUCUUUGCCACUUUGUCAAGCAUCGGAUCAAUUUUGCUGAUAUACUUAACCUUCAUGGUGAGCUAUGACUGAGAUUAUUUGCUUAAUUAUGCUAUGGAGCUUCUUCAACUUGAGUGCUGCUUCUUAUAUUCCAACUUACAACGGUUGGGUUAUUGCUAACAUUCUUGUAAUUAUUUUGAUAUUUUGAGUAGGGACGUGUUAAAGCUGUUAUCAAGAUCC